GAAGUCGUUGCAUUCACACUUGCUUUAUCACACAUGAACGUUGCGUUCCGUAUGAACAACGUUGACGUUUUUGACGAGAAAUAAUCGCGUCCUCUGUCCUUUUUUAGCGUAUGACAAAUUGUCGCAAAUUUUGUAAAACGAGCGUGAAAAUAUUUUGUUGUAAAAAAAUAAUAAACGUGCGUUAUUAUUCUGCGUAAGUCUGGAGCGUUUUGAAACGCUUCUAUGUAAAAGAAAAGAGUUUGAACGGUCGUUCCGUGUCGUUGUAUUAAAAGUUUUGUAAAAAAAAAUACCAAUACUGUCCCAUAUCUCGUAAACCAAUAUUAAAACGUGGGAAGAAAAAAAUUCAAAUUUCUCUAAGAAAAAGUGCUUUAAAAAUAGUCCCAGUAUAGCCGCCUUAAGAAAAAAAAAUAGCUUGCAUUAUAAAGAAGUAUCCUUUUAAAGAAAAGAAAGUCCUUGAAUAUCCUUUGAAAUAAGUAAGGUUUACAAAGUUCAUUAUUAUUUAUUAUUCAGUGCAUUAGUGUUUGUGUAUUCUAUAUAUUGAAAUAUAUCUUAGCCUCUCCAUGCAGAUAUUGCUUACACUAUUGCGGGUGUAUGUGCCAGUGUUUGUGAGUGUGUCUGUGUGUGUGUCAAAAAAAUAAAGAAUAAAAUUUUAAUUGAAAUUCGUAAAACAGCAACUUCGCAAGUUAUUAAACAUAAAACAGCUGGUGUUAUCCUCAGAAUUAAUGUCUUCAAUGUAAAAGGAACCUACCACACCUACAGCAUUCAUUACUCUUUGUGCAAAGUUCGUCGUUACUGUUUGCCAAACAAAACAAAAGGUGUUGCUGUUCGGUUCGGUUUUGUGUAAACGAAUGUAAAUGUCCAAAAAUUAUCAUAAAUCUUUAACAACAUCUGCGUAUUUUGCGUUCUCUAUCUGUGUCUUUGUGUGUGUGUGUGUGAGUCUCUCUAUUGUGUGAAAGCGUGUGUUCGGUUUAUCCUUAUCUGUGCAAUAAAAAAAUAAUUAAUUUCUAAAAAAAGUUAUAAAAAUAUUAAUAUAUCAACACCAACUACAAAUAGUGUUACCACAAGCAAACUACAACAAAUUUACUACGCAAAAACAACAAUGUUGGCCUUUCAUAAUGAACAUAUAGCCAGUUGUGCUUUCUUAACAUAUUUUACUCCAGAUAGCACCACGGCGUCUACCUCACCAACUGCCUUAACAACAGCAGCAGCUGCAACCAUUCUAAAUGAUAAACAAGCUUUAACAGGGAUUUUAAUGAGACCCAAACAAUUUACAAAUUUUGCCAGAAGACUGCAUCCUUACGAAUUUAUAAGAGAAGGCGGUGAUAUAUUUAAAACUCAUCAGCCGCCGACUUUUAUGCCUCUGCUACAGGAAACUCUUGUACCACAAUACCAGCAGCAACAACAACAGCAUUAUCAUCUACAACAUUCAAAUCCCUGUCGUAUUUUCAAGGAUUAUUUGAACAACUCUAAGCCGGCAAUGCCUUCGUUAAUUUUAGAUUCUUCGAAACAACAUUAUCAAGAUGAACAACAUCAAUUUAUUUUAAAUAGAACAUCAUCGUCGUCGUCAUCAACAACAACAGCGUCAUCGACAGCAACAGCAACAGCAACAACAACAACAUCAAUAUCAUCCAUGUCCUCAUCAUCCCCAUCAUCACCGUUGCCAGCAGUGCCAGUAACUGCUUCUAAACAACAUCAAUGUAGUAAUGAUUUUGUUCAAAUUAAAUUCAAUUUAACCAAAUUAUAGCAUCCGGGUCAUUGCACGAAGUGUACAUUUUCGGCAAUGGCAAGAAAUCCCGUACAGGAUUCUCAAAAAAUGGUAGGUAGAUAUCAAGUGUUUUUGUUUUAAUUUUCGUUUCAUAUUUAAUAAUACUUAAAUUAUAUUUAUACUUUACUUUAUAUAAAAUGUAUGCUUUAUAAAUUAAACAUGU